AUGAGAGAGAGGGAGACCAAACGAUGCACGACGAAGGUGGUGCGAGAGGAUUUGGCGCGCAACGAAGAGCAGCGAGCAGAAGUGAGCGCGUCGAGACAAGUCUAUCGCAAGCAGCCGAACCGGUCGGACGUCAAGUCGAGCGCGUCGCGAUCGUCGGAAAAGACCGGCGGCAAGUCCGGUAACAACGAGCAUUGCGUGAUCCCCAGCGUAGCAGCAAGUGCGAAGAAGAUGGAGCGGUUCAGCGAGAUCGUCCAUCAGCGUGAGCUGGCUCAAGGUAAGCUCACCACUAUACUUGAAAGCGUGGCAAGUGCCACGACGCUUACAUGGGCCACGUUGAAGACGUGCCAGAAGGACGUAGAAGCCGCGUACGAUGCGUACCACACGGCAUACGGUCAAAUCCUCGGCAUGGUCUCGGCAACCUUACGGGACGAGCAGGAUGCUCUCUACGACGCCUUCGAUGACUUGCACACGGAGGUCCUAACGGUCAUCGAAGAAAAGUUGCUAAAGGUGAGCCAGCCCACACGACGAAGAAAUGCGUACACGCCUGGUGUACCACAAUGGGUGGACGAGACAACGAACCCAACAACCACUAAGAUCGUCGGAGGCGCCAACGAGGCGGCCAUCGGCGAACCCCAGAAGCGUUCCGGGAAGCUGCUGGCAGAGCAGCUGGACACGGAAGAUCGGGUACGACCGGAGUUUACCAUUCCGCAUGGUGAACGGUCCGAGAACAACCACAAGAUCGAGAAGCCCAAGACAAUCAUCGACACAUGCAAGAUCGCUGACGAGAAGGACUCGUCACAUCCCACCAAGAAGCCACCCGGGCAGAACGCAAAGGACAACCCAGGUCAGCAGCAAAUGGCCAUGACCGCCGGAAGAGAGCCGGCACAGACGUGCGACGUGUGCGGACUAGGCCAGCACAAGAGCUGCAAGUGUCCGCAAUUCCUAGUGGAGCAACCUGGUGCUCCACAACAAGCCGAAACGGAUCAAGUGACGCCAGAGGCCAGCUCCUCUGGACAUCUAGCGCCGGACGCGCUGUCAGCCGUCGCGGACUUUCGAGACGAACCCUGCAGCCCAAACCCCUGCCAUGGUUUAUUGAUCACAAGCAAGACACAUUUGACGAAGAACACUCUGGACAGACACAACGCGAACGAGUUGGCUGGCGUCGAACAAAUGCAGCCACGUUCCGACACAUCGAUGAUUCCUGCUGGAGUCCAACUCGCCGUCAGAGUCAACUUGGUGGCUCUGCGCGAGACGAGCUUCAGCCAGGACACGAACAACACCACUGGAAGCAGCGCAGCACGCGGAGAAGCGGUUAGGGCUCAAGCUACGACGUUUGAGGACGAACCAGAGUUGAGCAAGGACAUCGAAGAUCGUGGAGUUGGUGAAACCUACAAGGAAACAAGUUUAGUGAGUGAUCAAACAACACAAGGAAGGUUUUACCUGCUGUUCCAGGCGAUGCUACAAACAUCGAAGACAACGCUGGCUUUCCAAGCCGAGCGUUUCCAAGGAGGAGAGACAAGGUGCAGCGCCCGGCUGCAAUCAACGCUCUUGACGGCGGCGCGUACAAGUACGCCGCACAAGGCUGCUGCAGUUGGCACACAGCUGAGGUUUGAUGAGCGUUCAAAGCAUCGAGCAACUGCAGCACCAGUGAUUAUGAAGAAGACGAAGAGUGGCUCUGGAAGAACCCACCCACACCAGCGGUCGGUGUGCGCCGACCCACUGACGAAGAGGACAUUUGGAGCCGCUGGAGAUGGUCCAGGUGGAAACAGAAAAAGAUGCCGGUUUCCGACAAUCGGCUUGCAACAGGAGGUUUUGAAGAUCAUCUCUCGAGUCAUUCAGUACGAGGAAUCUGAAAGGCAGCCCCAGCGACUGCUACGCAACAGGACCUGUAAGUACGACAUGAAGCUAAGCAUUUUUGGAAACAAGAUGAAACAGGUCCGCAUCAGGUUGCGGAACCGAAAGCCCCCCGAAGUAAUGGAUCGGAACUUGCCUGGAUCUGGUCAACGAACGGCGAUCGGAACUCCGAUCAACACUGGACGGCAGAAGUCCGAGAUCUGGAUCGCUUGGAGAACACUUGCAGUUUUCCGCGGGUGGAGGAUGUUCGAGCCUGAAUCUGUCAGCUCGAAGAAAUUUUUGGUUUUGAUUUGGCAGCACUGCGCUUGCUGCGACCAAAACGAGAAAGAAAGUGGCAACCCAGCUGGCGUCGUUGUCAACAACAAAGAGAGCGCGCGCAACGAGCUGCGCGAGAAAUCAAGCGUGUCAAAGCUGGCAACAACGCGCCGUUGA